UGAAGUCGACUUGAUAUAUUUUGCUGCGUUUAGUACAGAUUGUGCGCAAUAACAGAACAACCGUGAAAUUUAAGUGAGCGCUUCGCGCUACAUGUCCAGUUGUGCGCCCAUACAACAAAUUUGUAUCAGAGCCCUGAGUCUUUACUCGUUUAUGAAUUCAAAAAUUAUAAUUGACCUAAAAAUUAUGGAUCAAAUGGUUCUUAAAUUUGUUUAUUGCCUAUAGUGAACUUUUCUAAACAUUUCACUAGUUCCGUUUGUAAAGUGUGUUCCAUAUUGGAAUAUAAGUGAGAAUCUUUGACAUUUCAACAAAUUCAGGAAGUGGCGACUCUCGAAUCACGAAGGCAUGAGAAAUCUCAAAAACGUCUGCUUAGAUCAUUUAGAAACAAGAAUGAAAAUUAAAAAUAUUCAGACUUUAAAAAAUGUGCAUCAAAAGAAGUUAUCCACUUUCAAGCAAAUAUAUGUGACAGAAAUAAAAAUGGACGGUGAGAAAGUGGAUCCUGGAGUUAAGGAAAACAAUGUGAAACCUGUAACAAAUGAAUUGGCCAAUUUGAAAAUUGAAGGCAACAGUGGAAGUACGACACCAGAAAAUCCAGCCGCCGGAACUGGUUCCUUUCUGUCAAGUUUCAAGGCCUUUGCUAAAUUUGGAGACACAAAAAGUGAUGGAAAACAAAUCACCCUAAGCCAGAGUGACAAAUGGAUGAAACAGGCAAAAGUAAUCGACGGGAAAAAGAUUACCACCACAGACACGGGAAUUUAUUUCAAGAAACAUAAGUCAAUGAAAUUGAACGUGGAGCAAUACAAGGCCUUCCUGGAAGAACUUUCCAAAGCAAAAAAAGUUGACUUUGCAGUAAUUAAAAGCAAGAUGGCCAAUUGUGGUCCACCUGGUGUGACCGGUACAACUGGGGCUGGAAAAGCUGCAUCGACAGUGGACAGGUUGACAGAUGUGAGCAAAUAUACCGGUUCUCACAAACAACGUUUCGACGAAGCGGGAAAAGGCAAAGGAAUUUCUGGCCGGAAAGACAUUCCCGAUAAUUCUGGAUAUGUGCAAGGGUAUCAAAAUAAGGACACCCACAAGGCGCUGUAAAGCCUUCAAGUCUUAAAAUCUUGGCACCAUAAUUUUCACUGUCCAUCAGUGAUUCGAAAAAAAAUUCUUCGGUCGAGACGAGACGAACUCCAUCCAUCGAAAAUUCGAACUUCGAGAUCCAAUGCUUCCUCCCAAAUUCGUUUUGCAAUCGAUUACUCCAGAUUUGCAUUUUGUAAUUAUCUUAUUAAUCAGCGGCCCAAUCUAAUUUCCUCGAAAUUCUAUUGUAAAUCGCUGAUAGACAAACUCAAAAACACGGAGCAAAAACAGUGUUCAUAAUUCAUCAAGUUUCGAAAACUAAAUUUGGUCAAAGAGAAUUCUGUAAUAGUUUUUCAAGAGUUUUUGUUUAAUACUGCAGUUCUCGAAGCAGUCGAUUAUUAAGAACAUCGAGGAACCAAGAUAAGAGUCAAAUCGUGGAGGAAGAAGAAAGCAAGAAGUGAAUGAAAAAUGAGAAAGAAUGGACCAAUUGAUUUGGUGGAUUUCUUUAAAAUCUGGUCACAUUAUCGCGAUAGCCAAGUACUGAAGUUCUUCUAUCCCUAGUGCACGGAAUUUUUAAAUCUGAUAUUUUUUACGUGAUUUUAACAAUAUUUCAGACUCGAUUUGCAGUCCUCGAUUCGCAUUUACCGCUCUUAUGGAUAGAGAACUAAAUCCGAGAAGUGCAUUUCGAUAAAGUGUACUUAAGAUAUUCCCAAUGCUGGUCCCAGCAAAAACAGGAAAAAUAUACUUCACGUUUUGUGUGUACUUUAAUUCUUUGUAUAAAUAGAAAUUGUUAUAAUGAAUGUAUUAGAGCCUAAAAAUUACUUACAUUUCUCAACAAAAAAA